GUAUUUAUGAGGUCAUCUCCUCCUCCUUCAAUGUAAAAGGAAAAUGGCUGAAUGUUCUCCGAAGAAAAUCAAGCGGUCCUGAUUCGUUGAGUGAAGCAGGCGAAUUUCUUGGCAGUAAGAGAAUUGUCAAGAACUUAAGGCGCCGAUUUAUUCAAGACCGUGAGAACCUUCGCAAUGCUGAUUCAAGCUCACUCCCCAAAUCCACACUUCUUCUUUCUUGCCCCAAACCCUUCAGUUUCCCGCCACUUCUCGCUCCAUGUUUCUCAUUUAUGUGGACUCAAAGCACCGAUAGGUCGACGAAGUGCACGAACGUCUAAAAUUUCUGCCUCCGGGGAGCACAGCCCAACCAACAAUUUGGGGAAGAAAAGAAAGGUUUUCGAACACAUAUCUCUGCUCAAAGCGAAGGAAAAUAUUUCUGAAAAAGAAGAGAAUGAUAUGCUGGAUUAUCUAUAUACCACGCAAUAUCAAAUGGGGGGCAUUGUUGCCGUAUCAUUGGGACGUGCAUGUGAUCAAAACAAUGAAAGGUAUACCCACUGUGUAUAUAUGCGUUUCCAAAGAAAGGAAGACUUGGAGAAAUUCUAUGUGAACCCUUUCUAUUCACGAGUACUAAAGGAGCAUGUGAUGCCUUAUUGCCAUGGACUGAUUCAUGUAGAUUAUGAGUCGGAGGUGGAAGAUGAUAUGCUUCCCAUAUUCCGAAAGGGAGAGGAAUUCAAUUAUGGCGUGGAGUUUGUGCUUCUCAUUAAAUUUCUUCAAGAUUCAUUUGGCGAACCUUUAGAAGAUGCAUUAAAUUCUCUUGAGAGACUGACGAUAGCAAAUCCUUCCUUAAUUGUCCAGUUUACGCAAGGUUUCAAUUUUAAUCCCAGUUGUAAGGAGUUUACACAUGGAAUUGUUAUACGAUUUCGGUCAAUUAAUGCCUUCGAGAUAUUUACAGGCUGCUCAGAUUACAAAGAAAUGUGGAGGUCUAAGUUCCAACCAAUCAUCCAGAAAACAGUUUCUCUUCACUUUUCUGUUGACCCAGUAGGGACUGAGAUCAUGUAGCAAGGAGAGUUCUUGGUUUGUUUCCCAUACAUCUUCCAUCCCAAGUGGUAUGUAGAAGAUGGUAGGCUUAAUAUGAUUUGAGUGAAUUCUUUGUUGCAGGUUUUGAUAACAGAUUUGGUUGUCUUAUAUAAAAAUGAUAUGGGUGAGUAUCUUGUCUUGUGUUUUUGAGAUACAAAUUCCUAUUCCAGUAUUCCAGUCUAUUCAUCUUUCUUCAUCUCAAUUUGAAUGCAUAUCAAUUGAUUGAGGUGUGUGGAUUUCUGAACUAUCUUUCUACUUGAAUGGUUAUGCAAUUCUACUUCUUCCCAUUGAAUGUGUUCUAAGAUUGUUCGUUGGUUUGUGAAAACCUGUAAAAGGGAUUAAGAUUUUCUGAUUAUUCGUGUUAGAUCUGGAAAGUAGGUUGACUUUUAGGAUAUUCUGAAAUCGUUCUUUGGUUGUGGAAACCUGUAAUAGGUUCUGAGUCUCAGACUUAUUACUAACCAAUAUGAUGACUGAGGUGAAAAUAACAAACGUAAAAUCCUUUUAAGCACUUUGCAUACAGACAAUCAAAUUAUAAGAGGAAUUUUUAAUGUUGAAUGCUUGCCAAUGAUAUAUCAUGAACUAUGACUCCCGUGGCUGCUGAUACGAUAUAUAUAAGAACUUUUACUUCUGUUUGUUUGAAAAUCAUGGGGAUUUUCCUCUUGGACUCUUUCAUGUAUUGUUUUACCUUGUAAAAGAGAAAAAACCAUAGUACAGAUCAAUAUGCUGAGAUGAGUUAACUUCUGUCAUAACAUGUUGACAACUUAAGUAACUACUUAUCAUCUUGUUCACUCUUCCAAAAUCAACAUUUUAAUCACUUGAAUUCCGUCUCAUUCUUCAGGGUGGCUACCAUUAAUUUGACAUGAAGUUAGAAUCAGGAGGUACAGAUUCUUGCAUUUGAUUUCUAGCUUGUACCGUUCUCUACUACAUCCAGUCACUUGGAUGGUGAGGCCCUUUGAUACAUGUUCGGAAUGCUAUUUUUCUAUUCUGUAACAACUCAUAAGAUAGUCACGUGAAUUAUUUGAUCCACGAUGAGAAAAAUCUGUAUCAAGCUUCAUGACCAAAACUUGUGGAAUUUGAUGUUUGCAUCUGAGAUUACUGUUUUCUCAACCUUAAUUAGCACACAUUUUCCCCCCAGAGUGAAAGCUGAAGCUUUCUACUUGAAUUUUUGUGCAAAAACGAAAUAGUCACCCGGGAAAUAUAUGCUCCAAGUCUGAGUUAUUGUUUGGAUUAAUUAAAUGACCAACGUAGCCGAAACAGGCGGUCUUCUUCACUAUUUGGAGGCUGCUGCUAAAUCUUGCUUGGGUUCUGUAAGUUCUCUUGAUAUAAAAUGCCGCUCUUUCUAGUAAUUUACAUGAAUAUGUGAUGUAUAUUUUAUAUACAGGAAAGGAAAUGACAUGCUUUUUGGAUUUAAAAUUUUAAAUAAGUGCAGUAUCGGUCAUCAAUAACAUUUCAUUUGACAUUUGUUAAAAUUCCCUGAAUUCUCGAGGCAUGAUUUCAUAGAAUUGGAAACCACAUAGUUGGUCGAUGUUGUACCCAAAAAUUUCUCAAAAUUUAUUCGUCUUGUAGUAUUUGUCUUGAAAUUUUCUCCUUUACCGUAAGGUAGAGAAAAUUCUUAAAUAUCAAACUGUACCUUGUUAGCUGCAUCAUCUAUUUGGAAGACAAUAUUUAGGAUUAAUGUGGGGAUCAAAUAAUGCAUAAAACGAACAAGGCAUCUUCGUCCUAAAUCUUCACAUUUCUUAAAGCUCUGGAUGAAAUGGUUCUUCUCGGUGGUUCAUUUAAAAAUCUGCCGACGACUACCAUAUCCUCAUUGAUUAUUCUUCUUACACAUGGAGCACGCCGAAAAAGUUUCUGCUACACUAAAUUCACAUGUUUCUUUAUAUACGAUUCCCCAAAACAAAUCCAAUACCCAUAUGUUUCAGAAGAUGGGUUGUGAAGUUUAAUGAGUUCUGAGUUACCCAGAAACCCCUUUUUCCUUUACAUCCUAGAACAAGUGAAAAAGUAUCAAGGGGUGAAGUUGAAGCUUUCAUUGAUUUCCACGUGAGAGAGAUGUACACUUUCUGGCUGUCAAAGCACAUGAAUUCUUUAUUUCCUUGCUGUUGUUUUCAUUAGAUAUUAUAUCUUCUCUCUUUUUCUCUCUUGAUUUCUGUUUUGUCAGAUUGAUGGUGUUGUUAUUUUUCUGGCUGGCAUUUAGGAUAAAUCUCUCUCAACAUUUUUCUCUCUUUGGAUGGAAGCAAAAAGGGCCAGAAACAAAUCCAGAUGGGAGUGUCUGAGGGAAGCUCACAAGCUAGUCACAAAAAUGGAGUUUUCUCAUUUGGUCAAAGAGGUAACAACAUUGGGUUGAGCUGUCUGCAUUAAUAAGAUCUGCUCCUGGAAUCCAACCUUUGACGUCAAGAAGACCACAAAAAGGAAAGAGAGAGAAAGAGAUUGAGAAGAAAAAAUGUAAAGAAAACUCCAUAGGUAACGGCCUGAAGGGGACAGAUGAAGUUGAAAAACAGUCUCAAGCUACCGAUAAAAGUUUCAGCUUAAUUUUAAAGUUUGAAUCUCACCCCUAAUUUUGACAAAUGGAGCUCCCCAGUGAUAAUAGAUGUUUGAUCUACCAAAAAAAAAAAAAAAAGACUAUUAUUUGGUGGUGUAUCCUAUCUAUUUUGUGUCAAUUUUAGGUUAUUAUUUCAAUGGGUUUUGGUGUAACCAAAAAAGGGUUCAUCUUUCAGAUAAAGAGAUCAGCAUCAUCCUUGAGUUUGA